AUGGCCUCCGCAAAGACCUUCACCCGCGAGGAGGUCAAGAAGCACAACACCGAGGACGAUGUUUGGUUCAUCAUUGAUUCGGUCGUAUACGAUGUUUCUGACUUCCUAGACGCCCACCCGGGUGGUGAGGCCGUCCUGCGCCAGGCUGCCGGUACGGAUGCGACGACCGACUUCUACAAUCUGCAUCGCCAUGAAGUCCUCACGAAGUACAAGGACCUUGCCAUUGGCACCAUCGUCAAUGAGAAGCCCUCAGUCAUAACCCCAAAGCCCGGCGACCUUUCCCUGGUCCCCUACGCCGAGCCCCUCUGGCUCACGCCUCAGUUCAAGUCGCCCUACUACAAGGAGUCUCACCACCGCCUGCGUCGCGCUAUGCGCGAGUUCACCGACAUAUACACCACUCCAGAGGCCCAAGCCAGGGAGAAGGAUGGCGAAUAUGUUUCUCAGGAGCUUGUUGACCGCAUGAGCAAGGCAGGCAUCCUGCACAUGCGAAUGGGCCCCGGCAAGCACCUUCACGGCCAGAACCUGCUGGACGGUGCGGUCGACGGCAAGGAGUUCGACUACUUCCACGACCUGAUUUGUGUUCAGGAGCAGACCCGUCCCUCAGCCCGCGGUUUCCAGGAUGGCAACCUGGCCGGUAUGGUUAUUGGUUUGACUGCCGUGCUCAACUUCUGCAAGGACGAGCCCUUGAAGAAGAGGAUCACCGACGAGGUCUUUUCGGGCAAGAAGAAGAUUUGCCUGGCCAUCACCGAGGCUUUUGCCGGCUCCGACGUCGCCAAUCUGCGCACCACCGCCAAGAAAACCGCCGAUGGCAAGCACUACAUUGUGAACGGUACCAAGAAGUGGAUCACCAACGGUGUCUUCUGUGACUACUUUGUCGCCGGUGUCCAGACCGACAAGGGUCUGUCGGUGCUAAUCAUCGAGCGCGGUGAGGGCGUCGAGACUCAACAGAUGAAGACCAGCUACUCGCGCACCGCGGGUACAACCUAUGUCACCUUUGACAACGUCAAGGUCCCUGUCGGACACCUCCUCGGCGAGGAGAACAAGGGCAUAUACGUCAUUCUGUCCAACUUCAACCACGAGCGCUGGACCAUGACUUGCGGAACAGUACGCUACUGCAGGACCAUCGUCGAGGAGUGCCUGAAGUGGGCUCACCAGCGUCUCGUCUUUGGCAAGCGCCUGAUCGACCAGCCCGUCAUCAGGCUUAAACUUGCCAAGAUGAUCGCCCUCGUCGAGUCCCACCAGAGCUGGCUCGAGACGAUCACAUACCAGAUGUGCCACAUGCCUUACUCGGAGCAGUCCAAGCACCUUGGUGGCCCGAUUGGCUUGCUUAAGAUGAGCGCCACCCGCAUGGCGCAUGAGAUCGCCGACGAGUCUGUACAGAUUUGGGGCGGAAGGGGUCUUACCCAGACCGGAAUGGGUUACAUCAUCGAGAACUUUAACAGGACCUACAAGUUUGAUGCCAUCCUGGGUGGUGCAGAGGAGGUCCUUGGAGAUCUUGGUGUGCGGCAGGCAAUGAAGAACAUGCCCAAGGCCAUGUUAUAA